AUGCUGGAGCAGGUAUUGAACUGCCUUCGUAUGCCACCAUUGGCCUCCUUUGGCAAGGUCUCACGAAAGGCCAUACGACGAUUGGAAGUAACCUCUGAGAAUGACACCACAAAUGUGACUGGGAUUCUUCGGGCUCUCGUCGCUCAUGGGGCUACACUCACUCAUUGGCCCUCCCGCAUGUCCCCUAUGGCGGAUGCUGGCUUUAGUGGAUCCGAGGAGCUGGUGUCAGAGCUUGGACGACUGACGGAACAACAUGGCUUAGAGACCAUGCGGUGUCCGGAUUUUGGACAUAUGUAUCUCACACUUACUUCUCGGCACCUCCCAGACAUUCUUGGCGUUUGCUUCAGCGAGUUCGUUAGCGACCAUACGGUUGCUCGCCUCUUACUUCUCCGACAGUAUUCCAUGAGGGUGCACUGA